AUGCUCGCACGGCGACUUGUCGAAUUGAGGCCUAAUGUCGGAGUGAACUGGCUGGCCGCCUCAUCAUCAACACCUGGAGUUGUUCGACAGCCACCAUUACCAUCUGCACCACAAAAACAACAGUAUUUUUCAACUUCACAAACAUAUGCUCCGUUGCCAAAGUUUCCUGUGCCCGACCCUAAGAAGACGAUUAAACAUUUUUUGCAGUUCGCAGAGCCACUCCUAUCACGAAAGGAGUUUGAGCAGACGAAACUGGUAGUCAAUGAAUUUGCACAAAAAGAACUUCCCACACUUCAAAAGUUACUGGAACAACGUGCCACGAAACUUAAUAAUUGGUUAACGCCAUGGUGGUUAGAUGUGGCGUAUCUGCAAGCACGAACACCACUUCCAGUUGUAACAUCACCAGGUUUGGCAUUCCCUCAAUUCCCGUGCUCCGGUAAGGAUAGCCAAAUUGAGCAUGCAGCCAAGAUUACACAAGCAGCCAUUGAUUUCUACUUGAAGGUUAUGAGAGAUCAGUUGCCUCAAGAUAUGGCCGGUAAAACUCCAUUCGACAUGAGUCAAUAUAAGUUUAUGUUCGGGACGACUCGAAUACCGAGGAAAGGGUGCGAUGAGAUUCGGUAUGGGUACACUAAUGAGAACCAACCGAGGCACAUUGUUGUCAUUCACAAUGGCCAUGUGUUCUCAAUGCCGGUACUGAAUGCUGCUGGACAACCACUGCCGUUGUCCGCCCUGUCCGCCCUAUUCAGUGAUGUCGUUAAGAAGAGCCCAGAAAAGCAAUCUCAUUCCGUUGGCAUAGUUUCUUCGGAUAAACGGGACCGAUGGGCAGAGUUAUACAAACAACUUGAAGGAAACGCUACGAACUCAGCUAAUCUUAGAUGUAUUGAAGAUGCGUUAUUCGUAGUAUGUAUAGAUCAAGAGUCAGAACCGUUAAAAGGUUACACGGAAACGGAUGAGCAUGCCAGACAGGUUCUACACGGUGGUGGUGCGAAGGUUAACUCUUGUAACAGAUGGUUCGAUAAGACAAUACAGUUUGUUGCCGGAAAAGAUGGCCGCUGUGGCCUUUGCUAUGAACAUACACCUGCGGAAGGACCGCCAGUUGCCGCUUUGAUGGAUUUUAUUUGUGAUAAAUUUGAUAAUAAGGAAUUUAAUGACGGUUCGCCACACCCUGAAGAACAAGUUAAACGACUAGAUUUUGAUCUUAACGAUGCUCAAAGAGCACAAAUUGAAAAAAGCGGAAAGAAAAUGGAUAAAGUUGCCGACAACCUGGACCUUGUUGCGCACACAUUCAAACGAUACGGUAAAAAUUUCCCGAAAUCCGUAAAAAUCUCUCCCGAUUCGUGGAUUCAGAUGGCUUUCCAGUUAGCGUUCUACAGGAUUCACUCUGCAUUACCACCAACCUACGAAACGGCAACGCUACGGAAGUUCUCGGAAGGUCGAACCGAAAACAUACGAUCACCGAAUGUUCUCGUUGACAUCUUUGUGAAAAAGAUGGCAUCAGGACGAGAACCUAUUGCUGAUGUUUACGAUGCCCUCAAAGCUGCAGCAGAUUCGCACAAAAAAUAUUCUAUGGACUGUAUGAGCGGAGCCGGAAUGGAUCGUCACCUACUAGCCUGGAAUCUUUUGGCUGCAGAAAAUGGUCUUCCUAAGCCAAGCAUCCUCCAGACCCCAGCGUACGAGCAAAUGAGCCAUUUCCAAGUAUCAACCAGCCAGGUACCCACCCGUCAUUUAAUCCGGUUGUUCUUUGGCCCUUCAGCGCCUGACUGUUACGGUAUUUGCUACAAUCCGCAAGAAGAGGAGCUUCAUUUUGCGAUUACUAGCUUUAAAAGUUAUGGUUCGACAAGCUCUAAGCGCUUUGCCAAAGAACUGGAUCGUGCACUCAAUGAUAUGAACUCAGUAUGCAAAAAAGCUCUACGGGCACAGUCAAAAUUGUAA